GUCGUGUGAAAGGAGAGUGAAAAGCUCUUUAACAAGAGACCCUCAGCAAGAAGGCAGCAGCUUUUCUGCAGUCAUUUUGCUACCGAGAGUUACUCAACUAGCAGAGAGAUGGCAAGCUCUUUCACGCGCCUGAUCUCCAGCCGCAAUGCGGCUGUGCUGUUGGCCAGCCUGGGUGCAGGAACAGUAACUACUGGAUACUUCCUCAGUGAAGACAGUUCUCUAGCUGCCGAGGCAAGGAAGAAGCUUUACCCUCCCAGCUCUGAUUUCCCUGACCUGAGGAAACACAACAACUGCAUGGCCUCUGCUCUUACUCCAGCCGUUUAUGCCAAACUGAGGGAUAAAGUCACCCCCAACAACUGGACGUUGGACCAGUGCAUCCAAACUGGAGUUGACAACCCCGGACACCCUUUCAUCAAGACAGUGGGCUGUGUGGCUGGUGACGAAGAGAGCUAUGAGGUGUUUAGUGAGCUCUUUGACCCUGUCAUCAAAGACAGGCAUAAUGGCUACGACCCCAGAACCAUGACACAUCCCACUGACCUGGAUGCCUCCAAGAUAACCCAUGGCAUGUUUGAUGAGAAUUAUGUUCUUUCAUCGCGUGUGCGGACUGGACGCAGUAUCCGCGGCCUUAGCCUCCCUCCAGCCUGUUCGAGGGCUGAGCGCCGCGAGGUGGAGAGGGUGGCUGUGACAGCCCUAGCUGGUCUUAAGGGAGAACUGGCUGGACGCUACUACAGCCUAGGAGACAUGACAGAAAAGGAGCAGCAGCAACUCAUUGAUGACCACUUCCUCUUUGACAAGCCUGUCUCUCCACUGUUGACAUGUGCCUUUAUGGCCAGAGACUGGCCAGACGCUAGGGGCAUCUGGCACAACAAUGAGAAAACCUUUCUCAUCUGGGUGAAUGAGGAGGACCACACCAGAGUCAUCUCCAUGGAGAAGGGCGGCAACAUGAAGAGAGUGUUUGAGAGGUUCUGCAGUGGACUCAAACAGGUGGAACGGCUCAUCCAGGAGAGAGGGUGGGAAUUCAUGUGGAAUGAACAUCUGGGCUACAUUCUCACGUGUCCUUCCAACCUGGGCACUGGCCUCAGGGCGGGUGUGCAUGUACGCCUGCCCAAGCUGAGCAAGGACCCACGAUUCAGCAAAAUCCUUGACAACCUACGGCUGCAGAAACGCGGCACAGGGGGAGUCGACACAGCCGCCACCGGCGAUACCUUUGACAUUUCCAACCUCGACCGUCUGGGGAAAUCCGAGGUGGAGCUGGUCCAGCUGGUGGUCGAUGGGGUCAACUACCUGAUUGAGUGUGAGAAAAAGCUGGAAAAAGGCCAGGACAUCAAAAUCCCAGCUCCCAUUGUUCAGUUUAGGAAAUGAAAACUGAACUCCUCUGUGCCAUAAGGAUCAGUCAUCUGAUCAGUGCUCUGAUGGAGCCGACUAGAGAACCUGAGAGCGACAUCCAUCAGCUGUUACAGAGGACGCGUUCUCCUGACGUCUCCUACAGAGUGCAUAACUUUAAGAUAAAUCAUCUCAGAAAUGUUCUGAAUUUAGAGGGAAACUCUACCUCAAGAUAGUUGUAACCCCAAUUUCAAUUAAAAAACUA